AUGACUACAGCAGCACCUGUUGCAAGCAGUUCGGCUAAUGUAUCACCACCUCCAGCUGUGUGUUAUAACACAUGUAACAAUGUAUACAUUGCAGCGUUGAAAACUGGCAAGACACCAGCAUUAUGUGCACCCGAAUCAGAGUUCGAAACUGGCUACAGUGCUUGCCAAGCAUGUGUCGAAGCAAAUAGCGAUGUUGACGCGAACGCAGGAGCAAAUGUAUACGCUACGUUUGCGCAGUUCAUUGACUAUUGCGCGUCGCAAGUCACAAUCUCGGGUGUAGCAGGAAAUACUACGAUGGCGACGAUCUCAAGUUCCGGUAGCCAGUCGUUCUCUUCACUACCUUCUUCGCUCCCACCUUUCACGAAUGCUGUUUCUAGUCUUACCGUCAGUCCUUCUGGGUCGGCAUAUUCAACUGUCACAGCCAUCAAUACUGAGCUUGUUCCAUUAUUCAAUGGAAGCACAAUAACUCUAACUAUCACGAAUCUGAUAACCCUACGGAGUCAACCAAGUAUCGCUUCGUCCUCUGCUGCAACGGUGCCAACGGAAACACAAUCCGAAGCGUCACCUGACCAUGCGCAAUUUUAUGGCAUACUUUUCGGAUCGAUUUUUGGCGGUUUAUCAGUAAUCAUCUUUAGCUAUUGGAUCUACAGGAGAUUUUGGAGGCGCCAACUCUUGCGGAGAUCAACAGAUAGCGAUACUGCUGCUGGCAAAAAUGAUAAUGAGAAGGCACAAUUACAUUCGGACUGUGUACCUUCAACUUCUAUAGACCCUCAAGAGAUGGAUGGAUCGCCCAGAGGUCCCAUCGCAGAAUUACAAGCUGUAGAGCCGGUGGGCGCAGAGUUGACAUGA